GCCGUGUUCCAUGGAGUUGGCGCCAUUGCAAGCCACCGCGCUGUUCUCUGUGCGCUCUCCAUAAAAUAUACUUUUGUUGUGACUUACGGCUUAACUGAGGCACAAUGGCGGAUAAAGAUGCUGCCUUUGAUGACGCAGUGGAGGAGAGAGUCAUAAACGAAGAGUAUAAGAUUUGGAAGAAGAACACACCAUUUCUCUAUGACUUGGUCAUGACCCAUGCACUGGAGUGGCCCAGCCUCACAGCACAGUGGUUGCCAGAUGUCACCAGACCAGAGGGAAAGGACUACAGCGUCCACAGGCUUGUUCUGGGGACACACACGUCCGAUGAGCAGAACCAUCUUGUCAUAGCCAGUGUUCAGCUCCCAAAUGAUGAUGCUCAGUUUGAUGCUUCUCAUUAUGACAGCGAGAAAGGAGAGUUUGGAGGCUUUGGAUCUGUCAGUGGCAAAAUAGAAAUUGAGAUCAAGAUAAACCAUGAAGGAGAAGUGAACCGAGCUCGCUACAUGCCUCAGAAUCCAUGCAUCAUCGCCACCAAGACUCCCACCAGUGAUGUCCUUGUUUUUGAUUACACAAAGCAUCCGUCUAAGCCUGACCCAUCUGGAGAAUGCACCCCAGAUUUGCGGCUUAGAGGUCACCAAAAGGAAGGUUAUGGCCUUUCCUGGAAUCCUAACCUAAGUGGAUGUUUACUUAGUGCUUCAGACGAUCAUACUAUUUGCCUUUGGGACAUUAGCACUGUUCCUAAAGAGGGCAAGAUCGUGGAUGCCAAAACAAUCUUCACAGGCCACACUGCUGUUGUGGAAGAUGUUUCUUGGCACCUUCUUCAUGAGUCCCUUUUCGGAUCAGUGGCAGAUGACCAGAAGCUUAUGAUUUGGGAUACACGAUCAAACAACACCUCGAAGCCUAGUCAUGCUGUUGAUGCUCACACCGCUGAAGUCAAUUGCUUGUCCUUCAACCCAUACAGCGAGUUUAUAUUGGCAACUGGCUCAGCAGAUAAGACUGUGGCGCUUUGGGACCUGCGGAACCUCAAACUGAAACUGCAUUCUUUUGAGUCACACAAAGAUGAGAUUUUCCAGGUGCAGUGGUCUCCUCAUAAUGAGACUAUCCUGGCCUCUAGUGGCACAGACAGAAGGCUCAAUGUGUGGGACCUGAGUAAGAUCGGAGAGGAGCAGUCUCCAGAGGACGCUGAGGAUGGUCCACCAGAGCUGCUGUUCAUUCAUGGGGGCCACACGGCAAAGAUUUCAGACUUCUCUUGGAACCCCAAUGAGCCUUGGGUUAUUUGCUCAGUGUCCGAGGAUAACAUCAUGCAAGUUUGGCAGAUGGCUGAAAAUAUCUACAAUGAUGAAGACCCAGAGGGAGCUACGGAUUCCGAGGUCCAGGCAUAAAUUUGGUCUUGACAUGUCUUUUGAGCUGCUUGUUGAAACCAUGGUCCACUUUUACUUUCUCUGUUGUCUUUUAAAGUCUGCAGCGUGAGAUUUUGUAGAAAUGGAAAGAAUGACAGCUGCAUCAUGUUGUGAAGUAUUUAAUUGAGGUCUGACUUUUAGACAUUACAAAUAUCGCAUUGUGUCCAUUUUAUUUUGUCUUUUCAUCUUCACUUAGUUCACCCCUUCCAUGAUAGCGCUAUAAAAUUGUAAAUAUUGUAGUUUUCACAUUGGUCCCCUGCAUAGUAGACUCCAGUCUGUAUUUUGUCUGACUUGUUUGCAUUUGUUUAUGUGCUGCAACUGGUUUUAUGUGUCUAAGCGUUCAGAAUAAAGGUAUUUACAGUA